AUUAUAUAUAUACUGAAGUACACGCACCCGAAGAAAAGACGUACCAAGAGAAACGUUUCGAAUCUCCCUCCUCCCUCGCCACGAUCCCGAAAACCCUAGCCUCCCGGAUACAGCUUCUUGCUGCGGCGACUGAACCCAAUGUCGAGACGCUACGCGCCUCCGCCACCUCCUCCUCCCUCACUACCACGCCCUUUGUACAAGCAGCGUUCAUGGUCUCCUGAUGCGGAGCGAGACGAGGCGUGGCUCAAGCGGAAGGAGAGUUAUGGCGCGGGGCUCCGCCGUAGCCAGAGCUUCACGAACGAUGAUUUGAAAGAGCUCAAAGGCUGUAUAGAGUUAGGUUUCGGGUUCGAACCGGACUCACCUGAAUUGGACCCGAGAUUAUCCGAUACUUUACCCGCUUUGCCUUUUUAUUGCGCCGUUAAUCGUCAAUAUAGCGGUAGAUUGUCGAGGUCUUCGUCCACGUCCUCGAUUGGGUCUUUCAGUGACGCUGGUAGCACUAGCACAAUAAUUGAUCCAGGCGACGAUCCGGAGACAGUUAAGACUAAGUUGCGGCAAUGGGCUCAGGUGGUGGCAUGUUCGGUGCAGCAAUUUUCAGGGGAACCAAAUUGAUUGCGGCUUCAUUUGGACGGUGAGAUUGGCCAGUGAAAUUAAAAACACUAAUAAAAGUUAUCGCAGAGGUAGUUGUGAUUGAAAAAAAAAAAAAUUCGUACUUGUAAUUAAAAUAAUUAUUUUUCAUGAAAAAUUUAUGUUAAAUGUAUUUUAUUAGAGUUGAUGGUUUAAUUUAAUUCAUGAUGUGAUAAGUCAAUCGCAUAUUUGAUGCGACUCAUUUAUUUUCUUUGGCUAGUUCUGUAUAGAGUCGCCUUACAGUAUUUGAUGUAGUAAUUAAAUUUAUUUAAUAUAACUUUAAUUUUCUAUUGUAAUA